AUGAACUACAACAAUCCAUCCAGUCUCCUACAACUGACCAUCCAGAGCCUGCUGAAGGAUGACAACUUGGCUAUCUCUUCCCUGAAGGACAUACCUGAUGCACUCUUACCCAGUCUGUUUCUGGAAGCACAUAUUCAAGGAUGCUAUAAGACCCUGAAGGCCAUAGUGCUGAUAUGGCCCUUUGAAAGACUCCCUCUGGGAUCCCUGGUUCAUGACAGGGCUCCUGAGAAUCCAAGUUUCAAAGCUGUGAUGGAUGGAAUUGAUGUCCUGAUCAAGCAGAAAGUUUCCCCCAGAAAGUAUUCCAGGUUUCUGUAUGCUGUGUCAUGCUGUGACAUCAAGGAGGUGGGAAUCCAUUGUACCUUGCCAUUCUCCACCCUGGGCAUGCUUGCUAACCUGCUGGGCAUGCUGAGUAACCUCAAGAGACUGGUGGUCUGCAUCAAGAUUCCUACUGCAACCACCCCAGAAAAGAGAAGAUGGAGGUUGCUGUCUAUCAACAAUUUCACAUCUGAAUGCUCCCAGCUACUUCAUCUUCAAGAGCUGUACCUGGAAUCUCCCUCCUUCCUCAAGGACCAUCUGCACUGUCAGUUCAGGUGUUUUAAUACCUCCUUGGAGGUCUUCUCACUCACUAACUGCAGAUUUAGAAAAAAAAAUAUUGACUCAUGUGUUCUGAUGCCCAUGUAUCAGUCAACUAAAGGACCUGUGUCUGAAGGGAGUCCCUUAACCUCUGUCAGUAAGUGCCUGCCAUCUCUGCUGGAGGUAAAUGCAGCCACCCUCCAGCACCUGGACCUGGGUCUGUGUGGCCUCCAGGACCCCCAGCUUGAGGCCCUGCUCCCUGCCCUGAGCAGCUGCUCCCAGCUCAGCUCCCUCAGCCUGCAUGGGAACCGCCUGUCUGUCCAUGGCCACCCUGGAAAAGCUGCUAAGCUGUACCUUGGGCAUCAGCAGGUUAAAACUAGAGCUCUAUCCAGCCCCUCUGGAGAGUUUCAGCCCACAGGGAGUUUUGCAGCCUGCAACAUUUAG